AUGUAUAUUGAUGGUUAUGGGUGUGUAGCGUCAUCUCCAACAACUAAUGCAUCAUCUCCAAAAACCAAUACACCAUCUCCAACCACCAUUAUACCAUCUCCAACAACUAAUACAUCAUCUCCAACAACCAUUACACCAUCUCCAACCACCAUUAUACCAUCUCCAACAACUAAUACAUCAUCUCCAACAACCAAUACACCAUCUCCAACCACCAUUAUACCAUCUCCAACAACUAAGACCAAUCAUCUCCAACAACCAAUAAUCUCCAACCACCAUUAUACCAUCUCCAACAACACAUCAUCUCCAACAACCAACACACCAUCUCCAACCACCAUUAUACCAUCUCAACAACAGACACCAUCUCCAACCACCAUUAUACCAUCUCCAACAACUAAUACAUCAUCUCCAACAACCAAUACACCAUCUCCAACCACCAUUAUACCAUCUCCAACAACUAAUACAUCAUCUCCAACAACCAAUACACCAUCUCCAACAACCAAUACACCAUCUCCAACAACCAAUACACCAUCUCCAACCACCAUUAUACCAUCUCCAACAACUAAUACAUCAUCUCCAACAACCAUACAUCAUCUCCAACAACCAAUACACCAUCUACCAUUACAUCAUCUCCAACAACAAUACACCAUCUCCAACAACCAUUACAUCAUCUCCAACAACCAUUACAUCAUCUCCAACAACCAAUACACCAUCUCCAACAACCAUUAUCAUCCCCAACAACCAAUCAUCUCAACUAAUACAUCAUCUCCAACAACCAUUACAUCAUCUCAACAACCAGUCAUCAUCAACCUCAACCCAUCAUCUCAACAACCAAUACGCCAUCUCCAACAACCAUUGCUUCUCCAACAACUACCAUCUCCAACAACUAAUACCAUCUCCAACAACCAUUACAUCAUCUCCAACAACCAUUAUACCAUCUCCAACAACUAA